AUGGCUUCAAGUCCAGACCUUACAGUUAUGCUCCUGGGAAAUACAGGAGUUGGGAAAAGUGCUUCAGGAAACACGAUUCUGGGAUAUGAUGCUUUUGAGUCCAAACCAUCCUUCAGAUCUGUGACCAGGAAAAUCAAUGAAGCAACUGAAAGAGUGUUUGGGAAGCAGAUCUCCAUCAUCGAUACUCCAGGAAUACUAGACUUCAAGGAGGAGAUUGAAAGGUGGUGUCAGGAUCUCCUGCGGUCCUCAAGACCUUGUCUGUUCCUGUUGGUGAUCAGUGUUGGAAGGUUCACAAGGGAACAAGAGAAGGCUGUGAGGGAGACAAUUUCAGUGCUCAGAGUAGAAGACGAUGGGCUGGAAAAGAGCUACAUACUGUUCACAAACGGUGACGGCUUAAAGGAAAAAACAGUGGAGGAUUUUAUCUUUGAAGAUGAUGAAAGUUCACUUCCAGACAUUGUUAAAGAAUUUAAAGGGAAGUAUCACCUGUUCAAUAAUGAGACAGGAGAAAGGGAACAAGUGAAACAGCUGCUGAUAGUGUCAGGACACCUUCAAACAACAGAUCAACAAUCUCAACUCUCAGGUGCUAGCUGUGGGGCGUUUGGCAGACCGCGGGAUACGAGAGUCUUCCUGAUUGGUCUUCCUGAAGGAGGGAAGAGUUCAACAGGAAACACCAUCCUGGGAUGCAAGAUGUUCAGCACAGACUGUGACUUUAAUGCAGUCUGUACUGAGAUUGUGUCAAAGUCAGCAGAGGUGGAGGAUCAUUGGCUGACGGUGGUCGACACCCCAGGAUUCACUGAUGAAAAAUUAACUCCUAAACAGCUGUACAUGGAGCUCACAAAUACGUUUGUGAAGGCCAGUCCAGGUCCACAUGCCUUCGUUAUUGUGGUCAAAAUAGGCAAGAUGUCCAAAGCAAAUACCACACUGCUUCAAAUAUUGCAACAGCUGUUUGGCAGUGGUGCUAAAAACUACGCCAUGGUACUUUUUACUCAUGGAGACAAGCUCAAAGGUCAGUCCAUUGAUGAGAUGAUUCAGUCCAACAGAUGUGUGUCUGAGCUGGUCUCCAUGUGUGGAGGCAGAUUCUGUGUGUUUGACAAUACAAAGAGAGGAAACAGACGGCAGGUUCAGACCUUGAUGAAUGAAAUAGAUGACAUAGUUAAAGCUAAUGGAGGAGGACACUACACCUCUGAGAUGUUUCAGAUGGCUGAGACGUUCAUUAGAGAAGCUGAAAGAACUCAGCACAGUCAGGCAGACAGCAACGAUUCCCCACAGCAAACAGCACAGAGGCGAAUGCUGCCUUUCUGUCAGAGGCUUUGGAAAGACAACUGCAGCAGUUUUCUGGCAUGUUUUUGUUGUUGUGGAAGCACAACGGACUCAGAUGAUGAUCAGCAGCCGUUGCUUCAGACAUAA